ACUGAGCAUACUCGCAUUAACAUGGGCUUCACCAUACCGGAAUCCACUGCGCCUGCCGAAGCUGCACGCGCGCUCAUGGCACGAAAGGACGGUAUCGAAGCAGAAAUCGAGGCGCAACUGUCCAUCCUCGCAGCCAACGGCAACGCGACCAUGAACACGCCUCUCGUCGAUCGCGAAGGCUUUCCUCGCGCUGAUCUAGAUGUCUGGGCCGUGCGGCAAGCCCGUGUACGGAUUAUAGAGCUGAGAAACGACCUUCGAGACAUCAUGGACGACAUCGCGAAGGCGCUAGCGGUGGUGUAUGCAAAAGCACCCCCCGCGCCGGAACCUGCUGAAGUCGCGGCUGAUGCGUCAGCGAGUGCAGGUCCGGAGCUACAACCGUUCGCGCGGGUGGAUGGUGUCGCACCGGGUUCUCCGGCUGCUGCAGCCGGCUUGCAACGAGAUGACCUCGUACUCAAGUUUGGGACCUUGACCAAGUCGUCGUUCACCACUUCGUCGUUGCAGCCGCUGGCUCAAGUCGUGCAAGCCAAUGAGAAUCGUGCACUGAUGAUCAAAGUGUUAAGACAGGAAACAACGCUUGUACUCAGUUUCACUCCGAGACAAGGUUGGGGUGGACGUGGCAUGCUCGGUUGCCACAUCGUCCCUUAUUCAUUAUAGUAACCCAAUUCAGCGUCAUUCUAUAUUUUUUUCUGCAAGAUUGCUUUGUAAUUUCAACCAGGAUCAGAUCAUCACAGUUCUGAAGAUGUAUCCAUACGAUAUGUGUACAUGACGAAUAUAUGCGAAGCACCAGGGAAUCGAUCAGUUCACGGUCGAGAACUGGGUAUAUCCG